GUGCACAGUGUAGCAUACAGUGCUGACAAAAUUAGUAAGACAGGAACUCUGAGCAGAACCAGACAAGCCCAGGACUGAAGGAUGGAUAGAGAAGUCAUCUUCGAGGGUCUGUCUGCCCUCCUUGGAGCCACAGUCCAACCUCUGUCUGGCAGUAAGGCUCGAUACUCUGGAAACACACAUGUGGUCGACUUGAUGACCACAUACAAACAAGAACUUGUGACUGUGGACACAUUUCUGCCAGCAGUUUUGUUUGGGUAUAAUGCAUUGAAUUCAGGAGACCUUCUCUCAGCCUUGUUUAAUGGCAUGAACACUUCUGAGGAAGAAGAGAGUGACAACUCAGCUAUACGUAAAGAGAUGUUCAUAGAUGAAAAUGAAUUCUUUGACCCAAAACAUGACUAUGACUUCACCAACAAAACUGACUCACGUGUGUUCAAACGUGGCGGUGAGCCAUACAAGCGCCCCUGUGGAUGGAAUCGGAUCGGCCUGAAGGUUAAGGGCAAAUACAGUGAUGGCGAUGCCUGGCUGGGCCCAAGAGGUCGGGGAACAAAAUCGGCACCAGGAGAGUGGCCCGUUUCUUAUCAUGGAACCUCCAUUGAGGGUGCAAAGGGUAUUAUCCAGUCUGGGUACAAGACAGGGCCACAUGCAGCUUUUGGGAGAGGAGUCUACUCAACCCCUGACAUCGAUGUAGCAGAAAGACGUGGAUAUACUAAGACCUUCACAUCACAAAAGACUGGAAAGACCUACAAGAUAGCUCUGCAGAACAGGAUCAAUCCAGAACACAGGGAAAUCUGUACUCUGAAAGAUUUCUGGCUGGUUCCUGUCCCGAAGGGAACAUCAGCAGAGAGAGAGAGGGAGAUUGUGGACAGAGCUAUUCGUCCUUACGGUCUUUUACUCAAAGAAGUUAAAGAAGAAGUUAUUGAUGUCCCGGAAGUCCGUGUCCCUGCUAUGGAUGAGCUUCUUUUUCCAAUUGUUCCAAUUGUUGCUGGCGUGUCUUCUACAUUGUUGAACGCUUUUUUCAGAUGAGAUGCAUUUCACUCACUAUUCACAGUCUCAUGCUUCAGUCUGGUUAACUUCACAAAAUUAAAAAGAUUUAAUUUCUAUGUCUGAAUCACAAUUUGAGCAUUUUAUGGUGGUGUAGAGACUGAUGUGAAUGUACCCAAACAAAGGUUAAGGGGAAAAUGUAGUUGGGUCCCAGAGAGAUGCUUUCUAAUCUUGAAAAGUUUAUGUAAUAUUCAUGCUGGUUGUGGUUUGUUGCGUGAUAAGUUUCCUGAGGCGGAUAUCCCGAAAGUCCAGAAAGUCCAGAAAGUACUGUAAGUCCUGCCAAAAUUCUUUCUACCUGUGCACUUACAGUUUUUCUCAGUCACUUUAUGAGACUAACUGUGCACUGCUUGCACUUUAUAAUGCCUCUGUGGUGCCUCUUUGAUAUUGUAUACCAAGACUUGUUUAUUAAUGUUGCACUUUUUGGUCUUCCAUUUAACUUGUUGUUAAGAUAUGUUUUAACCUAUUCUUAUUUAUAAGAGGGCAAUGUAUUGGUGCUGAUAAAAUAUUAAGUGAGAAGUUUGCCAAUUUGUGUCUUUAGUGAAGAAAAACAAAUGUACCUGGACUGUCCUAGAACUCCAGUAGAGGGCAGCAUAUAGGCUUGAAUUUUCUGAAAAUGUUUCUACCUUGUGCGUUAGCAAAACUGUCUUUAGAAAUGCAAGUAGGCUACAUGAAUGUCAGUAAUAAAUACAUAGACCUC